AAAGGGCCAGAGGACCGUGCCGGCUCAGAAGGCCCAGAAAUGGUACCCCGUUGAUGACGAGUCGCAGCCCAAGAAAACGUAUAAGAACGAGCGUUCUGACAUGGUUAUUCUUCUAUCCAAACAGGUCCGCAAGGCUGUUCGUCCCACCAAGCUCCGGGAGAGCCUUAAGCCCGGUACUAUCCUGAUCCUCCUCGCCGGUCGCUUCCGUGGCAAGCGUGUUGUCCUCCUCAAGCACCUUGACCAGGGUGUCCUCCUCGUCACCGGCCCCUUCAAGAUCAACGGUGUUCCUCUUCGCCGUGUCAACGCCCGCUAUGUGAUCGCCACCAGCACCAGCAUCGACAUCAGCGGCGUCGACGCUCAGACCGUCGAGAAGGUCUCCACUCCCGACUACUUCACCAAGGAGAAGAAGGCCGAGAAGAAGACCGAGGAGGCUUUCUUCAAGCAGGGAGAGAAGCCCGAGAUCUGGGCCGAUGACCGCUCGAAGAAGAAGGUUGCCAGCGCCCGCGCCAGCGACCAGAAGGCCAUUGACCAGUCCAUCCUGGCCUCCGUCAAGAAGGAGAACUUCCUUGGCAGCUACCUCGCCAGCACUUUCAGCCUCCGCAACGGCGACAAGCCCCACGAGAUGAAGUGGUAA